AUGCCGUUAGCAGACGAAGACAAUACGAACCGGGUUGCAGGAAAUUUGAACUCCGGACAGCUUACUGGCCAAUUAACGAGACAAAUUGGAAGUGGAAAUACAAUUAAUGUAGAUUUCUUCGAUAUUAAGCAACAAACGUUUCGAAGAUGGUUGCAACGUUUAGAAGGAGCUUUCCGUGUUUUUAAAAUUCAAGAAGGGCAAGAGAAGGUGGCUUAUUUAUUACAUUUUCUCGGCGUAGAGGCUUUCGGAAUUCUUUGCGAUCGAUUGGAUCCACAAGACCCAUACCUUUUGCCUUAUGAUGCCCUACUUAAUAAAUUAAAAGAAUAUUACGCUCCGGAGCCGUUGGAAAUAGCGAAAAUUUUUGUUUUUCGGAAGCGAUUACAAUUACCGGAGGAAAGUGCUCAAGAGUAUAUGGCUGCAUUGCAAAAGCUGUCUUUAUAUUGCAAGUUCGGCGAAUAUUUGAAGACGGAGCUCAGGAAUCAAUUUGUUUUUGGACUAAGGAAUCAACGUAUCCAAGGUCGACUUUUGGAGACAGCAAACCUGACGAUGGAAUCAGCAUUGAAGACGGCUAGCAGGAUGGAGUUAGCGGAAAAAGGCGUAAACGAAUUAAAGUCAGAAGCGGCAGCAGCAGUGGAUUUCGUCGGAUCAAAUAGUAAAGCGUUGAAGAAGAAAACAGACAAUGAGACCAAAGUGAAGGGCCAUUCGAAGAACUAUAAACCUGGAAGAAGGACAAAUUCGUUUAAUGGGACUAAUAAGUCCAAAACACAGGCGUCGAAAAAUUCAAAGUAUAAUAAUGUUUCUUGUUUUAGGUGUGGACAGAAUCAUCUGGCACCGGAUUGCACUCUUCCUCGACACGUGAAGUGUCAUGAAUGUGGUGGUUUUGGCCAUUUGCAGAAAGUCUGCAAGAAGAAAUGCAAAGCUCAGUUAUUGGAAGAGGUUUAUCGAUUGGAUGAAAUGGAACAUUCGUAUUUCCGGGAUAAGUUCAUGGUCUCUCUCUUUCUGGAAAAUCGGCGAGUAACCUUCGAGGUAGAUUGCGGAGCUGCGGUCACUCUGGUGAGUGAAAAAUGGCUUAGGAAGAUAUUUCCGCGAUUGGCCAUACAAAAGACAGAGCUAAGGUUGCGAUCGUACUGUAAACAAAAUUUUGCGCCGUUAGGUUUUGUAAAAGUUAAAGUACGCGACAUUGAUUGUAUACGCGAGUUGAAUAUGUAUGUAGUCUGUUAUGAUAGAAGUUCUUUAUUGGGUCGUGAGUGGAUAAACCAGUUAGGAAUAUUAGGAAAAGUAAAGUCGAGUUUGAGAGAAAUUGGAAACAUAAAAUCGCUGGAAGUAGAAGGUCAAGAUAAAUUAGAAUUAUUAUUUAAGAAAUAUCCUGAUGUACUGAGUGAGGAGUUUCCAUCCAUGAGUAAAAUCGAAGCACGGUUAAAAUUAAAAGAAAACGCGAAACCGGUAUUCUUAAAAAAUCGGGUAGUCCCAUUUAAAUUAAAAGAAAAAGUUGAAGCAGAAUUAGAAAAUAUGGUUCAAGCGGGAAUCUUAGAGAAGGUAGAGUCUUCAAGAUGGGCUACGCCAAUAGUACCGGUAUUAAAAAAGAACGGACAAAUUAGAAUUUGUGGCGAUUUCAGCGUCACAGUUAAUCCGUUGUUAGUGGUGGAUGAACACCCCUUACCCACGAUCGAUGAACUUUUUGCGUCAAUGACAGGAGGAAAAAUAUUCUCUAAAAUUGAUUUAAAGCAGGCGUAUCUGCAAUUGCCGGUAACAGAACAAGAUAGAGAAAUUUUAACCUUAAAUACGCAUAAAGGACUGUAUAGAAGUAACCGUUUAAUGUACGGGAUAGCUUCGACACCAGCGAUAUGGCAACGAACGAUAGAAAAUAUUUUAAAUGGAAUUCCAGGAGUAGCGGUAUUCCUGGACGAUAUAAGAAUUACGGGAAAAAAUUUAGAGGAACAUGUAAAACGUUUAGAAUUAGUUGUUGAACAAUUAUCAAAACACAAUGUACGCAUUAAUAAGGAAAAAUGUGAAUUUUUAAAAGAUAGUAUUAGUUAUUGUGGAUAUGUAAUAGGUAAAAGUGGAAUUUCAAAAGAGAAACAGAAAAUUGAAGCAGUAAGAAAAAUGCCUAGGCCUAAUAAUAUUACGGAAGUAAGAGCAUUUAUCGGAUUGAUAAAUUAUUACGGUCGAUUCAUUGAACAUUUAAGUGAUCUCUUACGUCCUUUGAAUAAUUUGCUUAAAAAGAAUAUUUCAUUUAGAUGGACAAAAGACUGUGAAUCAGCUUUCGAAAGAGCUAAAGCGGAAUUUGAGAAAAAUAAAAUAUUAGUUCCUUUCGAUCCGCAGUUGCCAAUCGUGUUAGCUACCGACGCUAGCUCGUACGGAGUGGGCGCGGUUCUGUCACACGUAUACCCAGACGGAAGCGAGAGAAUCAUUCAAUGUGCUUCAAACUCGCUUACCGAUACACAAAAAAAAUACGCGCAAAUAGAUAAGGAAGCGUAUGCGAUCAUAUUUGCCAUAAAGAAAUUUCACCAGUUUUUAUAUGGAAAUCAUUUUACUUUAGUAACGGAUCAUAAACCACUAGCGCAGAUUCUUAAUCCCAAGAAAGGUUUGCCAGCAUAUAGUGCAAUGCGAAUGCAGCACUAUGCUGUAUUUUUACAAGCUUUCAAUUUUACUAUUAAAUAUAAGAAAUCAACCGAGCACGGUAACGCAGACGGGUUUUCGCGAUUACCAGUGGCAGAAAAGCGUAAAGGGGAAUAUGAUCCGAUAGAUAUAUUCCAAAUGGAAAACUUAGAAACGCUACCAGUUACAGCAAAAGAAAUUUGUAAUAAAUUAGGAAAGAUGAAGCACUAUUAA